AUGAUUAGGUUAGAAAAACAAAAACCAUACCAUGUUGAUAUUGAGAAGGUUGAUAUUGAGAAGGUUGAUAUUGAGAAGGUUGAUAUUGAGAAGGUUGAUGCGACUUAUCGAGAAAGACCAUCAAAUUUAAUGGUAAAUAUAUUAUCCCGUAUUAUCAAUGUCGUUUGUUCAGUUGACCAAAUCGUUGCCAAGAAAGAUUCGGAUCUAAAAGAUGAACGUAAAGCGCCAAAUGGUUUCAAAAAUUCGUCAUGA